AUGAAAAUUUCCACCAUUACCGCCACAACCGCUCUCUUAGCUACGGCCUUCGCGGGUCCUCUCGCCUACGGAACCUGUCAAGCUGGCUGUGCCAGUGUCGUCAUGGCAUGCUACAGUGCAGCUGGGUUUACUUGGGGAGCUACGGCGGGAGCUACAGCCCCAGCAACGAUCAUCGCCUGUAAUGCUGCUUUUGGGAAGUGCUCUGCAGUUUUCAUGUGGAAUUACCAGUUGAGUACGGAUACUGCCUUGCGACUGAGACUCCAUGUCCCCUUGAUAUUUAUCCACGAAGCCGGAAAGCUUCCUCCACCCACCUUUUCUGUCGACAGGCCUUCAAUUGUACUCUGA